AUGGAGCUUAUAUCUGUCACACGGGAGAUGACUUCAUUCAGGUUAGAAUUAGCAAGAAUUAACGAAAAUAUGGUUGAAUUCCAUAAAAUGGUUGAUAAUAUUGAAGAGCGCGUGACCUCUGUAGAAGAAAAAUUCUCCAGUUCUGGUGUAAGCAAAGAUGAAAAUUUACAUGAUAUCAUCAUACAGUUAAAAGCAAACAUCAAUGACAGAGAACAAAAUUCAUUAUUAAAUGAUGUUCAAAUAACGGGAGUGGCAGAACGGAGUGGAGAGAAUGUUAUACAUCUGACACAAGCAAUGGCUAAUAAGUUGGGUAUGGCCCUCGACUCUCGCGAUAUAGUAAGCGCCGAGCGCGUCGGCCCGCGUCGCCUGUUGACAUCGAGUGAAGAACAUAGUCGCCCGCGGCCGGUGAUCGUGCGAUUAGCGCGACGGUCUCUUCGAGACGACAUCAUAAAGGCGGCGCGCGUGCGACGCGGGACCGAUACUACAGGUGUCACUGACGGCAAUCCCACGCGAGUCUACAUUAAUGAACAUCUGACUCGUGUUAAUCGCCUAUUGUUCUAUAAGGCUAGGGAGGAGGGAAAACGUCACGGCUGGCGCUUUGUAUGGACGCGGGAGGGGAGAAUCCACAUGCGACGGGAGACGGAUACGGCAGUGCAGCUAAUUCGUACAGAAAAUUAUUAUUUAAUUAAAAUUUUUGGUUCAAAAUAA